AGCAUUGGUGACUGCCCACAAUUGGCAGCACGCUCUUCGCCUCCAGCCGGUCCUCAUGAUUUGCGUCCUGACGACAUUAAGGUCAUUGCUGCCAUGGGAGACAGUAUUAUGGCCGGAUUCGCUUUGGAAGGCAAUGAUCCGGACGGCUCUGGAAUCUUAAACAUCUCUUCGAUUACCGAAUACCGUGGCCAAAGUUGGGGUAUUGGCGGUGAUCCUGGAGCCGUUACACUGGGAAACUUUGUCAACCACUACAAUGCCAGUCUUGAGGGUCCUUCAGUGGGAAAUCAUAUUGCUACUAUCUGCCAUGGUGCUUUCUGCUUGGAUGCGUUCCGCUUUAAGAACAAGGACAUGUUGAAUGCCGCGUUGUCUGGUGCCAUUGCAAUGAACUUGGAAGAUGAACUUGAUUACCUUAUCCCUCGCAUGAAAGAACUCCCUGAUAUUAACUACGAGACUGACUGGAAGAUGAUCACUAUUCAGAUUGGAAGCAACGAUCAGUGCGCCUCUUGCCUGAACCCCUUCAUGGGCGAAGUUACUACUGAGAAGUUUGGAGGCUAUUUGGAGGCUGCAGUCGAACGCAUUUACAAUGAGAUUCCUCGUGUCCUUGUAAACCUUGUCGGCAGCUUCCAUGUGUCUGCGGUGUACGAUUUGACUUAUGGCCAAGAGCACUGUUCGCCUAUUUUCGAUAAUCCCAAUGCGAUUUUGAACCGUGUCGAAUGCUCGUGCUUCCUUUUCGGCGAAGAUAAGCGCGCGAAUAUGGAUGCACUUUCCGACAGCUACAAUGAUGAAUUGACUAGCAUUUAUAACAGCUACAAGGCUAAGGAAUCUGAGAACUUUGCUAUCCGAUACACCCCUGCCAAUUUCGACGUUGGUGGGUUCCCUAUUGAAGUCAUGAGCAACGUCGACUGCUUCCACCCUGGUAAACUUGCCCAUGAAUGGGUCGCUAAGAUCUACUGUCCUACUGAGGACGACCGUAUCCGCACU